AUGCAUAUUCCAUUCACCAACCUCGAUGUCUUCACUCAAACCCGUUAUCUGGGUAACGCUCUUGCCGUCAUCCGUCCCCAGUCACCCAGCACCCUUUCACAAACCCAAAAAUUGCAAAUCGCCAAAGAAUUCAAUCUUUCCGAAGUCGUUUUUCUCCAUCUCCCCGAAUCGAAAGAUUCAAAUCCAAAGGAACUCGUAGUCGAUAUUUUCACGACUUCUGCCGAGAUUCCUUUUGCUGGUCAUCCUACUAUUGGAACCACAUUCUUCGUACUCAAUUAUUUGGGACUGAAGAGUGUAGAGGCUUUAAUCACCAAGGCUGGGAGAAUCCCAAUCACGCUUGAUGGGGAUGGAAAAGUGGCCAGGGCGGAAAUACCGCAUAAUGUGCAUCUACAUGAGAAAACAUAUCCGUUUAGAGACUUUGAUACAGGAGAAGAAACGCAAUCUCCUAUUGUCUCGAUCGUCAACGGAAUGACGUUCGUGCUCGUGAAUCUUCCUUCCCUGGAACAUCUAGCACGAGCGGUGGAAACCAAAAAUCUAAACCCCAGUUCGUAUAAUACGGAAAACUUAGAUGAUGGGUGGAGAAAUGGUUUGUGUUCGACUAUGUAUUACGUGCAUGUUGGGGAUGAGCAGGGGAGGAAAAGAUAUCGAACGAGAAUGUUUGAAUCGGAAGAAGAUUCGGGGACGGGAAGUGCUAGUUGUGCGUUGGCUUGUUAUUUGACGAGGAACGAGGAGGUGAAGGGAGCGAAGGAAAUGAAAUUUAAGUUUGAGCAGGGAGUGGAGAUGGGGAGGAGGAAUGAAAUUUUUGUAGAUGUGAAGACGAAGGAGGAUGGGCAGGAGAUCGAAAAGGUGGUAUUGAGUGGAGAGGCGGUUAAGGUUAUGGAGGGGACCUUGGAGGUUUAA